UCAGUUGCUGUGAAUUUUUGAAUAGAAACGGUUGCGUGUGUGGUAAUUUUUGGUGCGGAGCUGGUUUCUAAAUUCAUUUUUUACUUUUACCACAAACUUUAAAUUUAGAACUUUUUCUAAAUAGAAUUUUAAAGAGCAAAAAUAUUCAAUUAGUUUAUAUGGAACAAUUUUCAUAUUGUUAGUGUUGGAUAAAUGUCAUUUUAUUAGUGCAAAAAAUAAAGGAAAGAAGAAGAGUGCACUAAAUAUUAUAUUUUAUUCAUAUCGAGCGGCAGCAGCGGUAUUUGACAAAAGUAGAAAAGUGAACAUUAAAUGUUAAAUAUAUUUUAAAAGCGGCAUCAGCAAAUAACGGGAAAAUCAUCAGUUAAUUUUUACACCCACAACCGGCUGUGAGAAAAGGAGCUGUUUAUUCAUAUAAACGUGAAGUGAGCUCAUUAGUCGUAAUUGCUACUGAGAGGCUAUUCACAUUAUCGAAUUAAGACUGGUUUUGUGUGAGUUUUGAGUGAAACAAGAACACAAUAACAAAAUGGUUAACAUAGGGGACAGCGGUGGCAAACAUGCACCACAAGAAAUGGAACAAUUUCUGCCCGGCGAUGGUAUUAGUAAUAACAAAUACAAGAUACAGCCGCGUAAAGAUGUCGAACAGGCGCUGGCGUCAUCAGAUUUCGAUCCCUUCGUGGCACGCAAAGUGGAACACCCAACAACUGAUAAUGAAACACUUACACAUUUGCUGAAAGCCUCGUUGGGCACUGGAAUUCUAUCCAUGCCGAUCGCCUUCAUGUACUCUGGUAUUAUACUUGGCAUUUUCGCUACCAUCUUUACAGCUUUCGUUUGUACACACUGCAGUUAUGUAUUGGUGAAAUGCGCUCACAAACUCUACUAUAAAACACGUCGCACACAGAUGAGUUUUGCCGAAGUUGCUGAAAUAGCAUUUCAAAGUGGACCGAAAUGGGCGCGUGGCUUCGCGCCAAUUGCCAAGUUUUCCAUACUUUUUGGACUCUUUCUAACCUAUUUCGGUACUUGUUCGGUGUAUACAGUUAUUGUGGCGAAGAAUUUCGAACAGGUCAUGGAACAUUGGUUGGGCUAUGAAAUCUCAUUGCGCCUGCUCAUCUCCGCUCUUCUAAUUCCACUCAUCUUACUCUCGUGGAUACCGAAUCUGAAGUACUUGGCACCUGUGUCAAUGAUAGCCAAUGUCUUCAUGGGUCUUGGUUUGGGCAUUACCUUCUAUUAUUUGGUUAGUGAUUUACCACCGAUUACAACACGCGAAUUUGCCAAUGUAUCAACAUUGCCAGCUUUCUUUGCCAUCACCAUUUUCGCUAUGGAAGCAAUUGGUGUUGUAAUGCCAUUGGAGAAUAAUAUGGAGAAACCACAGCAUUUCCUCGGCAUCUGCGGUGUGUUGAGUCAGGGUAUGUCGGGUGUAACGUUGAUUUAUAUGGCGCUUGGUUUCCUGGGUUAUUUGCAUUAUGGCACAGACACCGCGGAGAGUAUUACAUUGAAUUUGCCGGUACAUGAAUGGCCCGCGCAAGCUGUCAAAGUGUUGAUCGCUUUGGCUGUGUACUGUACCUUCGGUUUGCAAUUUUAUGUGUGCCUUGAGAUUGUCUGGGAUGGUAUUAAGGAUAAGUGUCAAAAACGUCCAGUAUUGGUUAACUAUGUGUUGAGAACCGUCCUUGUCACUGCCGCCGUUGUACUGGCCGUUUCAGUGCCAACUAUAGCGCCAUUUAUGGGCCUUAUCGGUGCCUUCUGCUUCUCCAUGCUCGGUCUUAUAUUCCCUGUAUUCAUUGAGCUCAUCACUCAUUGGGAUACCGGUUUCGGUCCUGGCAAUUGGAUUUUAUGGAAAAAUAUUGUAAUCGCAUUUUGUGGCGUGGCAGCGCUUGUUUUCGGCUCUAUGAGUGCAAUAAAUGACAUUAUCAAAGUGUACACCGAAACUGCGCCGCAAGCUACAGUAUUGAGUGAGACUCUCGGCAAGCUGAAUGGUACUACGCUUUGAGCGAUAUAAAAGCGUAUACUUAUAUCAUACAUAUACAUAUAUGUACACAUGGGAAUAUGUGUGGCUGAAUUUUAAAAGAGCGUUUCGUUAUAAAACAUUGCACACACCACCAACAGCAACAAUAUUAGUAACACCACCAAAAUACACUAAAAUUGAAGUAUAUAAAUAUAUCACCGCUAUACCGUUGGAUAAUUUAAUUGAAUUUUAAUUAUUUAGUAUAAAGUACAAAUAAGUAAUUGUAUUUAUAUGAUACAUACAUAUGUAUAUUGUUGCUAAUAAUAUCUCUCUCUCUCUACAUACAUACAUACAUAGCGCAUACAACAUAUUGUACUACACAUUAUGCAUAUACACGUAUGUACAUUAUGUGUGGUUUAUGGAGAAAAAAUUUUUUUUUUAGAUUAAAAACAAAAAGACAACGUAUAUGUGUACGUGUAUGUAAAAACCAAAAGACAACGGAAAUAUGUAUUAUGUAUGUAUGUAUGUAUAAAAGUGCCUCUUUUGUUUCUAAACAACUAUUUGUGCUAGUUAUGUAGAUACAUAUAAACAUUGGAAGCAAAUUUUAGCACUACAACGUUUGUUGCAAAUUUACUGUAUCAAAUGUAUACGUACAUAUGUAUGUAUGUAAGUAAAAAUAGUUAAAGACAAACAACGAUAGUUAAUAAUAAUUAAAUUCAAUUCAUCCUCAAUGCAUACAUACAAUAUAUACAUACAUACAUGAUUAGCUAGAUGCUAAGUGUAAAGAGUGCUAGAAAAAAAUCUUAAGUUUUAAAGCAAAAAUGUAGAUUUUAAUUAUAUAUAUACAUAUACAUAUAUAUAUAUAUAUAUGCAAUUCGAAAGAAAAUGUAUCUAUGUGCAUGUGUACAGUUCUUGUAUUUCAAUAUGUUUGUUAGUAUGUAUUUAUAUUUUCUAUUUUUUUUGCAAAUUUUAUAUUGAAUAAUUUUUUCUUCGGGCAAACUAAAUAAGUUUAUACCUUCACAGCGAUUGUACGUACAUAUGCAUAUAUUUUAUUUGCUUUAUUUUUAAUUUGUAAAAUUUCACGAAAUAGUAUUUGAUAUCCAUAAGCCAUCCAUACUAAAUUACUCAGAAUAUAUUUUUAUUAAAAUAUUGUAAUAAUUCUAGUAAUAAAAUAUUGAAAAAUAA